AUGCCAGCAUUCACUCUAUAUGGCGCUCGUGGCUCGACCAACACAGAUCGUGUUCGUUUGACUCUCGCUGAAGGUGGCUUCGCGGACUACAAACUUGUUUUGAUCAACCUACAAAAAGGGGAACAAAAGCCGGAACAGGUUAUCUGCAAGUACCUCGCCAAGAAAUACUGCUUCCUGCUUCUACCUCCCGACUCCGACAGGGAAGCUACUGCACUUUUUGAACAAGCGCAGUCAGAGGAGAUGUCCUACUUCGCCGACCCCGCAAGUAAAAUUGCGUUUGAGAAGUUUGUGAAGCAGAAAUUCAUGGGCUUGCCUCCUGAUGAGACAGUCGUGUCAGGAGCAACACGGUCCAUCGAAGCCUUUUUUGACCUUGCAGAACGUGCAUUGCAACACAGCGACUACAUGGCUGGGGAGGACUUCACUCUCGUGGACAUUUACUAUGUACCCCUGAUCCAGAGGCUCUUCGUAUGCGGAUAUGCAGAUCUUAUCCUCGGUCGAAAAGCCGUGAGUGCAUGGUGGAACCGCGUCAUCAACAGGCCAGUCAUACAGCAAGUCCUGACCGCUGAUAAGGAGGCUGCAAAGGCGACACAGUGA